GAUGAUGAACACGUAAUCCAAAAACAAAAAAAAACAAGAUUCAAAGGUCAGAUUAUCAUCCAGAUUAAUCAACAGAUAAAUAAAAAUUAUCCAUCAAAACAUGGUCAUCGAACAUAGAAGUAAAAAUCAUAUCAACAUUAUGAAUCUGUUAACGAAAUGUGAAUGCCGAUUUCAACAGAUUAAAGAUAAAUCUGAUUGGCGAUUAGAGCAGUAUAUAAAAUCUAUAUUCCAAAUGCUUGAACAAGAAGAGAUUAAGACCGGUAAACUAAAUGAUGAAUUGGUAGCAGCGAAAAAGAAGGCACAAUUUUUUCAAGGAUUACUUGAUGCCCAUUCCAAAGAGACAAUAUUGGAACAAUAUUCAAUCAUUAAUUCAUUGCAAUCAAAUUCGGAAAAUAAAACAAAAUCAGAAACAAAACGAAUACAUCUAACUGAAAUAGCUAACUGUGAUAAACGAAUUAAAACUGAACUAUUAUCAUCAUCAUUAUUAUCAUCGGACAAAACAACCGAUGAACAGGAAAAUCGAAAACCACAAAAUACUAAAAACAAAAAUUAUGAUGAUAUCGUUAAAUAUCAUGAAUUAUUACAAGAACAAGUUACAAAUGAAAUGGUUGUAUUGGUUCGUAGUUUAAAACAAAAUCUAACCACCAGUAAUGAAAUUGUUAAAAAAGAUACUGAAUUAUUGGAGAAUACUAAUCGUUUUACCGAAACAAAUGUAUCGAAUUUACGAAAAAAUACGGAUAAAAUUCGUGAAUUUGCCAGCGCUGCUUGUGAAUAUUGGCUAUGGAUAUCAUUAACAUUGGUUAUAUUUGCAUUUUUAUUUAUGGUUAUUUUUAUACGAUUGUUUCCGAAAAAAGCCACCAUUAUUGUUAUAAAUAAUGUUGCUGGACAAUCAUCAUCGGAAACAAUCAAUGCCUAUUAUAAUAAUGAUAAUAAUCAACCAAGGAUAGAAUUAUGAUUGUAAAAAAUAUGGAAAUGUAAUAUAUUUUUGUUUUUUCAUUUCAAAUAAAAACUCCCAAUAAAUUUUUUUUU